AUGGAAAGUGCUAAUAGUUCAGGAACAAAUAGUGUUGGUUUAUCAGGAAAAGACAAAGGUCUUUAUGAUUUGGGAACAUAUUUUGCUCAAUUGGUUCGAUGGCUUCAUGCAAGUUUAUCGAAAAAAACUGAUGGUUAUAUAUCACGUCAUGAUAUAACUAUUCGAGCAAUAUUUCUUCUAAAUAAUGUUAAUUAUCUUCUCAAAAGACUUGAAAAUUCUCCACUUUUGGCUAUCAUUCAACGUUGUCAACCUGAUCUGAAAUCGAAAUAUGAAGAUGAUUUUCAAAUGAGUUUAAAAGAUUAUACAAGAUGUUAUACUCCAUUAGUUAUUGCUAUUCAACAAAUGCUUGAAUAUGAUAAUGUUAAUCGUUUAUCUGAUGGAAAAUUACGUGAUCGUGAUCGUGAACAAUUAAAAGAAAGUUUUGCAUCUGUUAAUAUAGCUAUUGAUAAUUUACGACAACAAUGUCAAGAAUAUAUUGUUAGUGAUGUUGAUUUACGUUAUCAAUUAAGAACAGAAGGCAAAAUGUUAAUUAUGGAUAUGUUUAAAACUUAUUAUAAUAAAUUUGCAAAUAAAGAUUUUACAAAAAAUCGAGAAAAAUAUAUUCGUUAUGAUCCACGUAUGCUCGAAUCGAUUAUUGAUAAUUUUUUUGAAAAUCGUUUAUAA